GAAAAGGACACUGUCAUAUGCAUGAUAGAUGCUACACACCUCAACCUCUUCUCUGCCACUUCUCCACUGGUGACGCAUCACACACACCUCAAGCUCCUUCACUUACAUACGCGAUUCUUGAGGUGGAGGAGGCUUACACAGGCCCACAAGAACAGAGAUGGCACAACAGAGACAAAGCAACAAGGUCCAUGUGGUUGUUCUGCCAUACCCAGCACAAGGGCACAUUAACCCUCUUGUACAAUUUGCAAAAAGGUUAGCCUCAAAAGGUGUGAAGGCCACAGUUGCGACCACCCAUUACACUGUCAACUCCAUCACCGCACCAAACAUCAACGUGGAACCAAUCUCCGAUGGCUUCGAUGAGGCUGGCAUCGCCCAAACCAACAACAAUGUUGAACUCUUCCUCACCUCGUUCAGAACAAACGGGUCAAGAACCUUGUCUCAGCUCAUACAAAAGUACCAACAAACUCCCCACCCCGUCACAUGCAUAGUCAAUGAUGCGUUUUUCCCAUGGGCUCUUGAUGUGGCCAAGCAACAUGGCAUUUAUGGUGCAACUUUCUUUACAAAUUCAGCUGCAGAGUGCAGCAUAUUCUGUCGCAUACACUAUGGUUUGAUUGAACUCCCUAUCAAAAAGGAAGACUUGCCCCUGCUUGUUCCUGGUCUUCCUCCCUUGGAUUUCCGGGCUCUCCCUAGUCUCCUGAAGUUCCCACAAAGCUACCCUGCUUACAUGGCAAUGAAGCUCAGCCAAUUCUCUGACUUGGACAAAGCUGAUUGGGUAUUUGUAAACACCUUUGAAGCCUUAGAAGGAGAGGCAGUGGCAGGCUUAACCGAUCUCUUUCCAGCAAAGAUGAUAGGACCAAUGAUUCCUUCUAGCUACUUGGAUGGGAGGAUUAAAGGGGACAACGGGUAUGGAGCAAGUCUAUGGAAGCCACUAAAUGAAGAAUGCAACAAAUGGUUACAAACAAAGCCCCCUCAGUCUGUGGUGUAUGUUUCUUUCGGAAGCUUGGCAUCUGUGAAAGCAGAACAGAUAGAAGAGGUAGCUUGGGGUUUGAAAGAAAGUGGGGUGAGUUUCUUGUGGGUUUUAAGAGAUUCUGAGCUGAGUAAAUUACCUGGUGGGUAUAAAGACUUGGUAAAAGACAUGGGUCUAAUUGUGUCAUGGUGCAACCAACUUGAAUUGCUGACUCACCAAGCCAUUGGUUGUUUUGUGACCCACUGUGGCUUUAAUUCCACCCUUGAAAGCCUUAGCCUUGGUGUUCCUGUGGUGUGUUUGCCACAGUGGACUGACCAAUCGUCCAAUGCCAAGUUUUUGGAGGAUGUUUGGGAAGUGGGAGUGUGGCCUAAGGAGGAUGAGAAUGGAAUUGUAAGGAAGCAAGACUUUGUCACUAGUUUGAAGGUUGUAAUGGAGGGUGAGAGAAGCUUAGAGAUUAGAAGGAAUGCUAAUAAAUGGAAAAAGUUGUCUAGGGAAGCAGUUAGUGAAGGAGGCAGCUCUGAUAAUCAUAUCAAUGACUUUGUGAAUCAUUUGAUGAGUGCAUAAUCAUAUCAAUCACUUCGUGAAUCCUUUGAUGAAUGCAGUUAAGAAUGGAAUUUUGAAUGCAUACUAAGGCCCAUUCUCAUCAUCAGUUAUUACUUGUUACUUGUUAGUGAAUGCAUGUAUAAUUGGUCCAGUUGUGUGAACUAUUUCAAUAUGAAAAAUUAUGCAAGUGUAUGCAUCUUUUGUUAGUUUCAUUCUAGCUAAUUAGCCAAUAAUAAUAUCUUUCUUUUCUUA